CUCUGUGAAAUACUUUGGAUUUUCACAAUACCUCUGGAAAAUGACGGAAAAAGAAAAAACCGUUACAACUGUCAUUAAAAAGAAUUUGCCGAAGGUCUAUCUACAGACAGUGUUUCUGAAAAUUGAAAACAUUGACACACUUAAAGAACAAUUUACAGCAGAAGUAUUCGUCCGGGCAAGAUGGCGAGAAACCAAACUUGAUAACAGUACACCACAGUUUAUCAUUGGUAUAGACUGGGAUAAAUAUUGGGACCCCAGACUGCAAUUAGGUAAUUAUAAGGGUGAGCUUAAAGAAACAGUCUGGAGAGACGUACAGAUUGGUAUUGAUGGAGAAGCUUAUGUAUUAGAAAUGAGAAGAGCUACAGGGACGUUUUAUGAAAAUUUAGAACUGGAGGAAUUUCCUUUUGAUACCCAGCAUCUUUCGGUCUUAAUCACCAGUGAACACCCUGUUACAUCAGUAGAGCUUAUUGAAGAACAUGAAGAAGCCAGUAGUGUAUACACUCUCAACUUUGGUGAUAUACAAGAAUGGGAAAUGAGAGAUUUCGUUGAAUGUCGAUCUAAAAUAACACCAAUUGAAUACAGUGAGAACAGAUACAAAAGACCUGGCAUGUUCUUUACUUGCUGUGCCUUCAGGAAGCCUGGUUAUUUCAUCUGGAAUAUUUUAGUUGUCAUGUUUUUGAUCAGCUUUAUGUCUCUGGGAACAUUUUCUGUGGACAGAACCAGCCAUGAAACACGUCUGAGUCUCGGUUUUACUCUAAUCUUAACAACCGUAACUUUUAAACUGGUGGCUGCUAGAUCAUUACCUAUGAUUUCUUAUCUUACUCAUUUGGAUAUCUAUAUUUUGAUGAGUACAUUAUUUCUGUUUGUUGUUUGUGCUUGGCACGCCUUGAUACCAGCAUUUGGUAUGUGGCCACAAACUGCUGAGAUAUUGGACUAUAUAAUGUUAAUUGGUCUCUCGGUUAUUUUUAUACUGAUGCAGCUUAGUUUUGGUGUUGCCAUGGUUGUCAGGUCGUACAGAAACAGACAGGUGAUCAAAUCAAAAGAGUAUGACUAUCAGCAAAAGGUGAAAUGGACAUUGGGCGAUAGGCCGAGAACAAGCAGACGCCAUUUUGGACCCAGAUCAUCCAAACAGAAAAUUGGAAUAACAAAGUAAUAUUAUAUCUAUUUGUAAAACAAUAUUGUGUAUAUAUUUAUAUUUGACUUAUCACCCGUUAAAAUUAAACUUAUAUUAAAAUAUU